UCUACAGUGUCGUUCCUUAUAUUAAAAAACAAAAAAUUAUUUUGUUUUAAUGUUGUCAAAGAGUUAAAUAUUAUUUUCGCGAUUUUCCUGCUGGUUGUUGAACUUAAUAUAUAUAUUUUUUAAUUUAUGAAACAAUAACAAAAAUUAAUUCGUAAAGAAUUUUUGUCCAAAAUGCGUUCGAAUAAUAAAAAAAUGUCAAUCUUAAUGAUUGUUUUUUGAAAAUCAGCGCUAAAUAUUUUCAGUUUAGCCAACGAAAUAAAAAUACAGUGCGUGCAAACCCCUCUCAAUACUGCCAGUCGAUUCUGAAAUGUCAUAAUAAAACGUCAAAAGUGUAUAACCUCAAAAUUACUUAUUUGUUAAGAAACCUCAAAGAAUCGCCUUAUAAACUAUAAGUUUUACAUUAAAAACUUGUAAUUAUGUCGGUUAUGUUAACUGCUGACUGGUUCACAUUGGGACGAGAUGCUUAUUUUAGAAAAUUCGAACUUUAUCCACUUCCAUUUGAAAAUGAGGCAAGUGCUAAUAAUUUAGUAAUAGCAGCACCAUAUGGAGGAUCGAUAGCAAUUACAAGAAAUCCGAAAAAGCUUGUGAAAGUCCAAGGAACCGGAAAACCCAUCAUAUCAUUUUACUCGUCAUCAGGGAAAUUUAUGGCUAAACUACAAUGGACGAGUGGACAGUUAGUCACUUUAGGCUGGUCUCAUCGAGAAGAAUUGCUCUGUAUUCAGGAAGAUGGAAUGGUUCUCAUCUACGACAUGUUUGGAAAUUAUCAACAUGCCUUUAGCAUGGGAAACGAGGCAAAAGAGACCAAAGUGAUUGAUGCCAAAUUUUUUGUAAGUGUAAAUGGCACUGGAGUUGCGAUUCUCACAUCUACGAGUCGAAUCUUCUUGGUAAACAAUGUGACAGAACCGAAAGUUCGACAAAUAGAGAUUCCGAAACUCGGAGGACCAGUCGAAUGGUGCAUCGUGCGCAGGGAUAGAGACAGUCAAGUGAUCCUCUCGAAUCAAGAAGGCAUUCAUGAAAUUCAUCACAAUCAAACUUCUGCAACCUCGGCCUUUAGUAAACUCUUUAAUAACAAAGUAACUAGCGUGACAGCAAUAGCAGUUUCUGGAAACAAUAGACACAUCGCUUUGUAUUCCGACUCUGGAUACUUGUAUCUCGGCUCAGUCGAUUUCAAGACAAAAUACUGCGAAUGUGCGACAAAUAUGAAAGAACCUGUGACCGACAUUGCCUGGUGUGGAACAGAAGCUGUAGUUUGCAACUGGAACUCAACCGUGAUGAUUGUCGGUCGAUCUGGAGAAACGAUGCUUUACACUUACGACGGUCCGGUUCACCUCGUAACAGAAAUUGACGGAGUGCGUGUUAUUUCAAGUUACACGCACGAAAUGAUUCAGAAAGUUCCAAGUGUCGUGCAAAAAAUAUUCCGUAUUAAUUCAACGGAUCCUGCUUCGUACCUCCUAGAAGCCUCGAAACAGUUUCAGAAAAAGAGUCACAAAGCUGAUAGUUACAUUGAUUUAGUUAAGGGUAAAUUGGAUCCUGCUGUGACUGAUUGUAUUACUGCUGCCAGUCACGAAUUUGAUUUUGAUACUCAGAAGCUUCUCAUGAGGGCUGCCAAAUACGGAAAGGGAUUCAGCAAGACGAUUAAUCCUGAAAAUUAUGUCAGCAUGUGUCGAAUUUUGAGAAUUCUGAAUGCAGUUCGGCAUCCCAAUAUCGGAAUUCCUUUGACUUUCACCCAAUUAAACGCAUUAACGAGUCAAGUUCUUUUGGACAGAUUAGUCGUAAGAAGACAUUAUUACUUGAGUAUUCAAAUCGCUCGACAUCUUCGGUUGUCGGAAAUUGAUGGCGAAAGCAGAAUUUUGGCUCAGUGGGCUUGUUAUAAGGUUAAACAAACGCAACUAGAUAAGGAACAAAUUGCCGAAGAAAUCGCAGAUAAAUUAGGGUACGCUCCAGGAGUUUCUUACAGUGAAAUAGCCAUAAGAGCUGCCGAUUGCGGAAGAAAGCAGUUAGCCAUCAAAUUAAUAGAUUAUGAGCCAAAAGCUCAGCUUCAAGUACCUUUGUUACUCAGACUGGGAGAGGAAAGAGUUGCUCUUAACAAAGCUGUGGAAAGUGGAAAUACAGAUUUAGUUUACCAUGUUAUUCUCCAUCUCAGAGAACACAUGCCCUUAGGAGAUUUUCAGAUGUCUAUUAUGCAUUGUCCUUUAGCUAUGGCCUUGUAUAUAAAAUACUGUCAGAGUCACAACCGAGAGACUUUGCGGGAUAUCUACAAUCAAUAUGACGAUUACCAUUCCCAAGCUCUCUGGUUUGUUAAGGAAAGCUACCGACCAAAGAACACGAUUUCUAGAGAUACGCUAUUAAAAUCUGCCCAUGAAUAUUUUAAACUAGCUCGAAACGAUACGAAUGCUGCUUUAACAGAAGAGCAAAUAAAACUUUUGCGAUAUCAGCGUUCUUUGGAAGAAACUUUACAUGAAUCGGUAGUCGGCAAACCACUUCACGAAACAGUUCAGAUUUUGCUUCUUCAAAACGAAAUCAAACUUGCUGACAAACUGCGGUCUGAAUACAAAAUUCCUGAUCGAAGAUAUUGGUGGCUGAGGAUACAAAACUUAGCAAAAAAGGGACUCUGGAUUGAAAUGGAGAAGUUUUCAAAGAGCAAAAAAUCGCCGAUUGGCUACGAGCCGUUUAUUGACGAAUGCCUGAAAUACAAAAACGAAAUGGAGGCGAAGAAAUAUUUGCCUCGAGUGAAAGACGAGUUGAAAGUAAAAUAUUUAACAAAAGUACACAUGUUGAUGGAAGCAGCACAAGCCGCUCUCGAACAAAAAGAUUCGGCUGCUUUGUCUUACGUUUUGGCUCAAUGUGGACCAUCAGAACGUAAAAUUGCAGACAAAAUUAACGCGAUGAUAUCUGGUCUCAAAUCCGGAAAAUAAAUUAUCAAUCCAUAAACCAAACAUUUCUACUUUUGUAUCUAUUUAGAUCAAUAUCCUGAAAAGACAAUGCUUCGAAUUACUUGUAUUCAUUUAGCCAGUUAUUGAUAUUUAAAAAUGUAAAAAAUCAUUAUUUUGUAAAUAUGUACAUAUUAUUAUUAUUAUUAUUAUUAUUAUUCUUAUUAUUA